AUGGCUGAGCUCUGCAGCCAGACCAUGGUGAGAUAUGGGCAGCUGUCGUCGGAGAAGGAAAAGUGGCAGGCCGUGGUGAGUGAUGCGCCACUGUCCCCAGAAGAUAGACUAAAUGCUAAAAUAAAUUCCUACAGAUAUAAGGAUUUAAAGUGUAAUGAAUGUUUUAAUGCUCUUAUAUGUGCAAAGACACCUUCUGAAUAUAUUAAUGAGUUAAACUCUUUCUAUAACAGUCACUUUGAAAGAUAUGAAAGAAGUUUUAUAGAAGAGAAACCGUGUGAACGUAUUCAACAUGAUGAAGCCAUUGCAUGUGCGACUCGACUACAAAUACAUAAAAGAACGCAUACUGGGGAGAAACACUAUGGAUAUAAUCAGAGUGGUAAAGCUUUUAAACGUCACACUAUUCUUCAAAGUCAUAACAGAACACAUACUAGAGAAAAACCCUAUGAAUGUAAUCAGUGUAGUAAAGCUUUUGCACAUCACAGUAGUCUUCGACAACAUAAAAAAAUACAUACUGGAGAGAAACCCUAUGAAUGUAAUCAGUGUGGUAAAGCUUUUAUACGUCACAGUUAUCUUAAAAUUCAUAAAAGAACACACACUGGAGAGAAACCCUAUGUAUGCAAUCAGUGUGGUAAAGCUUUUACAUGGAACAGUCAUCUUCAAGUUCAUAACAAAACACAUACUGGAGAGAAACCUUAUGAAUGUAAUCAGUGUGGUAAAGCUUUUACAAAUCUCAGUACUCUUCAAGUGCAUAUCAGAACACACACUGGAGAGAAACCCUAUGAAUGUAGCCAGUGUGGGAAAGCUUUUACACGUCCCAACAGUCUUAAAGAACAUAAAAGAAUACACACUGGAGAGAAACCCUAUGAAUGUAAUCAGUGUGGUAAAGCUUUUACACACCACAGUUAUCUUAAAAAUCAUAACAGAACACAUACUGGAGAGAAACUCUAUCAAUGUAAUCAGUGUGGUAAAGCUUUUACAUGUAACAGUCAUCUUCAAAUUCAUAACAAAACACAUACUGGAGAGAAACCAUACGAAUGUAAUCAGUGUGGUAAAGCAUUUACACGAUGUCGUAGUCUUCAAGAACAUAAAAGAAUACAUACUGGAGAGAAACCGUAUGAAUGUAAUCAGUGUGGUAAAGCUUUUACAUAUCUCAGUACUCUUCAAGUGCACAUCAGAACACAUACUGGAGAGAAACCCUAUGAAUGUAGCCAUUGUGGUAAAGCUUUUACACGUCCCAAUAGUCUUAAAGAACAUAAAAGAAUGCAUACUGGAGAGAAACCGUAUGAAUGUAAUCAGUGUGGUAAAGCUUUUACACAUCACAGUUACCUUAAAAAUCAUAACAGAACACAUUGUGGGGAAAAACCUUCUGUAUGUAGUCAGUGUGGUAAAGCCUUUUCGUAUCACAGUGGCCUCCAAAGGCAUAAGAAAACACAUAGUGCAGAGAAACCCUAUUAAUGUAAUCAGUGUUAUAAAGCCUUUUCAUAUUACAUUAGUCUUCCAGAGCAAAAUAAACACAUAGUGCAGAGAAACCCUAUUAAUAUAAUCAGUGUCGUAAAGCUUUUACAUGUCACAGGAAUCUUCAAAGUCAUAACAGAACACAUACUACAGAGAAACCCUUUGAAUGCAGUCACUGUAAUGAUGCCUUUUUAAGUUGCAGUAAUCUUCAGAAUCAUAAAAGAAUACAUACUUGAGGAAUACAUAUGAAUAUGAUCAAUGUGGUUAAACAUUUGUAUGUAUCAGAAGUCGUUGAGGUCAUGAGAAAAUAUACUGUAGAACCUUGAUAAAUCUUGUCAGUGUAGUAAUUUUUAU